AGCCAGAAAUGGCUGUCAAGGACACGGUUGAAUACCCAUAAAUAGUAUCAAGCUCCCUUUUUUUUUUUUCGUACCAAUGCAACCCAAUUGAUUGUAGAUCACUCUCUCUCUCUCUCUCUGUAUUAGCAUUUCUUUGUUUCUUUUUAAAUUUAUAUAUUUUUUUUUAUUAUUAUUAUUAGUGUAUAAUGUCCAGAGAAAUAUACAACCAACAUUAUGACCCACUCUCUUUUCAACAUGUGACGCCCAACUCUAGAAUGAUUCCAGCUCCUUCAGCAACACCAUACCAUGUCAGUAAGAAUGAUAUGUGGAGACAGCCUGCACGAACCUCGUCUUUGCAAAAAGCACAUCAUUUGCCCCGUGAAUCUUUAAUUGAUCCUAACAGUGCCAAUGAGGAUGCGUAUUCAUAUCAAAAUGGAGGGUACGCUCGUGAAACAUAUAUUGAUCCUGCCGCUGUAACCAUGGACUCCGUCACAGAGGAUUACAUGAAUACGACAUCCUACAUUCCUAACUCUCCUGCCAAUAUGAACUAUUUCCAUCAUCAACAGCUCUACAAUGGAUAUCCUUUAAAUAAAGAUCCUGAGAUUCAAAUGGUGACACCACCUAAAUCAGUCAAAUCCAACGUCCAAUACUAUGUGGAAGAAUUGCCUGUGAAAGCACAUCAAUCAUUUAUUAAGCCAUCGACUCCUGUUCAUGCAUCCCCAGCUACGAAUUUCGCUCUUCAGCCUGUACCCCAUAAUAAAAAGAAUAACAAUUAUAGUAAUAGCACUUCUCCUUUACCCACCGUAACCAAGUCUUCCAAUACAAUGAAUAGCAGAUUACCCAAACCUCCUCUUACGCCACUGGUCAUUCCACCCACUCCUAUUCGAUCUUCUUCCUCACCCAACAGGGGAACGCCCACUCGCUCUUCUUCCAUUCAAAAUAUACAAUUGACACCUGGAUCAAUGACACCAGGUUCUUCGCGUAGUAUGAAUUCUCCCCAUAGCGGGUUAUCGCCUUAUACACCCAACACGCCGUCUCCCAACGGUCUCCUUCCCUCUCCUCUAGGCUACCAACAGCAAGGAGGAGGCAAAACAACGACGACAACGACGAAAAAGCAUUCGCUGUUACCGGAGGGUGAAGCGGAGCAAUAUGUGCAUGAAGGUAUCAAAUUCCACGAGUCGGGUAAAUUGGAAAAGGCGACGGAGAUGUUUAAGCAAGCGUCCAUGCUGGACUUUCCGAUGGGUAUGUUUUUGUAUGGUGUAUCACUUCGUCAUGGCUGGGGAUGUGGUAAGAAUGAGCACUUGGCGUUUCAAUACUUGCAGAAAUCGGCGGAACAUGCGGUGGUCGAUCUGAAUCGGUUUUCUUCUAGCAUGAAUACGUCUGCUACGAAGGGUGAGUUGAUCAUGGCUAUUUAUGAGCUCGGUGUUUCGUUUCGACAUGGUUGGGGUUGUAAAAAGAACAAGGAAACAGCUGUUUAUUAUUUCAAAAUAGCUGCUGAUUUAAAUGAUGCGGAUGCUCAGAAUGACUUGGGCCAUUGUUAUUAUCAUGGUCAUGGUGUCAAGAAAGAUAUGAUGUUGGCAGCUAAAUACUAUCGACUUGCAGAUAAGCAAGGUCAGGGUAUCAUGGGGAAUUCCUGGAUCUGGAAAUCGAAAUAUGAUCCUCCCUCACAUAUAAAAUAAUUUUUUUUUUUUUUCUGUCACUUUAGUAUUUUCUCACAUGGCUGCUUCUUUCCUCUUUUUUAACCAUUAUAAAUUAAAUGUGUGUGUUUUUUUAUUUUAUUU